AUGACCGUGAAAGCAACACAGAACACCUCGACAUCGGGAUCCCCUCUCAGACUCGAGCACGCUACACCCGAAGACAUCCCUGAGUUAAUUGAAAUCUGGUACAAUGCGUUUGAUACUCCGGAGAUGCUAGCCAUCUGGCCAAACACCCCUGGAGUACGAGAAUGGUGGGAUCAAGCCAACCGCCAUGACAUGCUACACAAACCACAAGAGAAAUAUCUCAAGGUUGUCGAUACAAGAAACGGUCGGAUUGCAGCAUACGCAAAGUGGUCCCUUCAGACGGCUGAAGAGCGUGGCCCUCGGUUUCCGCAAUGGCACCCGGACAUGGAUCCUCAGCGUAACGAUGCAUUUAUCGGAAAUAUGGAGACUGGUCGGGCCAGGUUGGUUGGGGGAAAGAAGAAUUUCUAUCUUGAUAUGUUGGGUACGCAUACCGACUAUCGGAAAAUGGGUGCUGCUCGGAUGCUGAUUGGAUGGGGGUGUCAAAUGGCUGACCAAGAGGGUGCUUUUGCUUAUAUCGACGCAAGUGCCGAUGGACGGCCCGUCUAUGAGAAGUUUGGGUUUGUGGACCGAAGUGACUCUGCGAGUGCGGCGGUUGGGCUGGCGUCUAUGGUUAGAGAGCCUCGGCAAUGA